AUGUACCUGAUCACUGUGUUGGGAAACCUGCUCAUCAUCCUGGCCAUCAGCUCAGACUCCCACCUCCACACGCCCAUGUACUUCUUCCUCUCCAACCUGUCCUUGGUAGACAUCUGUUUCACCUCCACCACCAUCCCAAAGAUGCUAUGGAACAUCCAGACACAAAGCAAAGUUAUCACCUAUGAAGGCUGUAUCACCCAGAUAUAUUUUUUCAUACUCUUUGCUGUGUUGGACAACUUUAUCCUGACCGUGAUGGCCUAUGACCGGUUUGUGGCCAUCUGCCACCCCCUGCACUACAUGGUCAUCAUGAACCCCCGGCGCUGUGGACUGCUGGUUCUGGUGUCCUGGAUCAUGAUUGUCUCCUUAUUUUAUGGUACAAGCCUUGGAGUUUACCUCAGCUCCACUGCUACCCACAAUGCAACAGCCUCAGUUAUGUACACUGUGGUCACACCCAUGCUGAACCCCUUCAUCUACAGUCUGAGGAACAAUGACAUAAAGAGGGCCCUGCAAAGAUUCCUUGGCAGGUAA